UAUGAAAACGUUUAACCGUGCUCGAGACGUUCGUGUUUUGAUGGUUAAUCAGUAACAAUUUGGAGAGUUUACUGAUGGUCAUUUUCCAUCAUCGAAAGCCAAAACGUCAGCAAAUGUUUUCAUUUUCGUCCCAGUAGAAGUUUUUUCGCUGCCCAUCGGAAUUAUUCGGAAAUCCAUAAUGUCCAGUUCGGACCAAAUAGAGGACGAUGAAGUGCAGGAAAUACUCAAAACGGGCACCGAUCUGCGCCAGUACUCGGCCCAGAUCGAGAAGGAGUUCAAGGAGGUGGAAAACCGAUCCAUCGAGGACUACAUCAAGGAGAGUCAAAACAUUGCCAAUCUGCACAACCAGAUUGGGGACACGUCCACCAUACUGGAGCGGAUGGAAUCGAUGCUGAUGGACAUCCAGGAUGCCUUGAACAACAUCAGCACCGAGAUUACGACGUUGCAGAAAAAAUCAGUGUCGAUGUCGGUGCAGCUGACCAAUCGACAGUCGGUCAGGGCUCAGCUGUCGCAGUUCAUCGAGGAUAUGGCUGUGCCGGAGGAAAUGAUAACCACGAUCAUGGACACGGCUGUAACGGAAAAAGAAUUCGUGACUCAUCUGAAUGAACUGAACCAUAAGCUCAGCCUGAUGAAGGAACUUAAUUUCAAGGAGUCCAAAUCCUCACAAGACGUCAGCGAUGUGUUGCAGAAAUUGAAGAUUAAAGCAAUGAGCAAGUUGAGGGUUUACCUAAUGGAACAAAUCUACAAAUUCCGCAAACCGAUGACCAACUACCAAAUCCCGCAGAAUGCAAUGCUGAAGUUUAAAUUUUUCUUCGAGUUUAUUCUCUCGAACGAACGCAUAGUAGCACAGGAAAUAUGUAACGAGUAUAUCGAUACGAUGGGCAAAAUCUACUACAGCUACUUCAAGAGCUACUCGACACGGCUGGCGGCGCUCAAAUUCGAGGAAGCCGUCUCCAAAGACGAUCUGAUGGGCCUGGAGGACACGGUCACGAGGAGCAUCUUUUCCAAAACGAGUUCCCUGAAGAACAAGAGCACGGUGUUCUCGAUCGGAGAUCGUGGCGAUGUACUUAACCAGCAGCUGGAGGCACCCAUCAUCGUUCCCCAUGCCCAGCAGAAAAUUCGCUAUCCGUACGAGUCGCUGUUCCGGUCGGAACAGUACGCCUUGGUGGACAAUGCUUGCCGCGAGUAUCUGUUUGUGACGGAAUUUUUCAUAGUGCGGGGCGCCCAAGCGCAGGAACUGUUCAACCAGAUAAUGGGCAAAACGAUGGCCUUGUUGAUUAAAAAUCUAGAAACAUACGUUCAGGACUGUUAUGAUACCAUUGCCCUCUUUUUGUGCAUCCAACUUUGUCUGCGCUAUCAGCUGAUGUGCCACAAACGAUGCGUUCCUGCAUUGGACAGGUACUGGGACAACCUGCAGGCAGUCAUCUGGCCCCGCUUCGAACACGUGUUCCGAAUGAACAUCCAGAGCAUCCAGGAGUGCGAUCCCACCAAGUUCCCUAAAGAAACCGGCCCGCACUAUAUUACGCGACGGUAUGCGGAAUUUUCCGCUGCCAUUGUUGGAAUAUCAGAGAACUUCCCGAACGAGUUGGUCAGCCAUCUGCUGUUGGAACUGCAGGAGGAGGUGAAAUGCUUCAUGCUUCGCAUGGCAGCGAUUUUCACGACCCGUAAGGAGCAGUUGAUCUACCUGAUCAACAAUUACGAUUUGGUCCUGGGCGUCCUGAUGGAACGAACGAGAGAUAAUUCCAAGGAAGCCGAAGCAUUCCGCGAGCUGCUUAGCACUCGAAGUUCUGAAUAUGUCGAAGAAAUACUGGCACCACAUCUUGGGGGUAUCAUCCAGUACGUCAAGGACUGUGAACAGAUGUUGGAGAAGGAACAGACCGAAGAAUUCAAGCGUCAGGAGCGACGCUCACUGCAGCUGGUGGCGAACUUUUCUGCUAAUUGGAAGAAGUCUCUGGAGGAGCUGAAUCGUGAGGUGUUCUUAUCAUUCCCAUCGCUUGUGACUGGAUCGCAGCUUUUGCAGCUGGCCUUGGCUCAGCUGGUGCAGUAUUAUCACAAGUUUUAUAAGCUAUUGACUCCGAGUGCUCGGGCUCAGCUUGUUAACAUUCACGUGAUCAUGAUCGAAAUCAAAAAGUAUAAGAGUAAUUAUUAAUUAAAUGGAGGUGACUUAUCAUUGGGAAUAAUACUAGGAUACUGAUUAGUAAAUGCUGUGACAGUAAAACAAAGCGUGUGGCCGUUUAUUAUACCUACACUACAUAAGCGAAUACAAAAAUUACACCUUUCCACUUAA